AUGUCUCGCUGGGUGAAGGGGGUGCGGUCCUUUUCCUCCGCGGCAUCGUCCCUUCUUGCCGAUGCGACUACGGCCGCUAAGCUCCGCCAACCCGAAUCCUUCCAAGUCUUCCGGGACGUGCCUCCUCUUCGCCAAUUUCGGCGAAAACUACUACAAAAUGACCGCACGGUAGGCUUUGUGCCUACCAUGGGCGCACUUCACGAAGGACAUAUUUCCUUGAUCCGAGAAGCGGCCCGCGAAAACACCGACAUUUUUGUCAGUAUCUUUGUUAACCCCACUCAAUUUGGCGUCAAUGAGGACCUUUCCAGCUAUCCCCGCACCUGGGACAGUGAUGUGAAGAAAUUGGAGACUUUAAAUGAGGAGCUCGCAGUAGUUGCAGCAGAGACUGGAUCUGGCGCGAAGGCAGGCCGCAUUACAGCCAUCUUCGCGCCAACAUCCGAGGUCAUGUAUCCUACACUCCCACCUUCUUCGGAGAUUGAUGGAAAGGGCUCUUUCGUUACCAUCACCCCCUUAUCGACCAAAUUAGAAGGUGCUUCCCGACCAGUGUUCUUCCGAGGCGUUGCGACCGUCUGUAUGAAGCUCUUCAAUGCCACCACCCCGGACCGAGUUUACUUCGGUCAGAAGGAUGUGCAACAGACUGUAGUCAUCAAGCGAAUGGUUCAGGAUUUCCUUCUUGGAACCGAAGUGCGAAUCGUGAAUACAACCCGUGAGCCCACCGGGCUAGCGCUCAGCUCUCGGAAUGUCUAUCUCGGCGAACGAAGACGUGCCGUGGGACUCACCAUUUACCGGGCACUCAAGGCUGCCGAAGACGCUUUUCUGUCCGGCAAGACCUCCCGCGCGGAUAUCUUGGGAGCUGCACGAAGUGUUACGGAUACCGUGCUGGCUGAACAGCAAGCCCUUUCGCCAUUAGAACGCUCGCUAUUCGAAGUUGACUAUAUCUCUCUGGCCGAUCCAGAUACGUUAGAAGAGCUUGAUGUUGUCGAGCCUGCUAAAGGAGGUGUCCUUAGUGCAGCUUUGAAGAUGGCACCUCUGGAAGAGACCAAGCCUGGUGAGGAUUGUGGACUGGGUGAUGGUAAGGUCCCAGUGCGAUUGAUUGACAAUUUGAUCCUCCAUCCCCAGACCUAA